CUACACUGCAGUGAUAAACCUCACUCUCCAUCGCUCACUGCUUCCAUUUUCCAUUUCCAUGGCUUUUCUCAGGAAACUUCUUCCACGACACCGUUUCCACUCACUCAUCAACCCUAAAACCCCUCAUUCCCAUAACUUCAAUUUCCCGCUCAGACCCAUCACAUCCUUACCCCAAACCCAACCACCAAAUUCCAAAACCAAACAAAACAAAAAACCUCUCAGCACUCUCUUCAGCGAUCUAAUGUCAGGUAAAUCCACAACCUUUGAAGAAGACGGCAAAGGCGACAUCGAAUUGAAGAACAAACUGAAACAGUUAACAGAAGAGGUAAGAAUCUCCAAAUACAAGAAGAAAACAAAAGCGGUUACGGUUUUGAAUAAAGGUGAGAGGAGGAGUUUAUAUUCUGCGUUUACGAAUCAACCUGUUCCUGAUAGUGUAGUAAGUGUGGAGAAGGUGGUGGAGAAGAAAAAGAAGGAAGAUUUUGUUGCUAAGGAGCUUUCGAUUGAUAUGGUGUUGUUUUUGAAGUAUUUGUAUGAGAAUGGGUAUUUUAAGGAUGCUAAAUUUGAUAAAGCUGGUGGAAGAUUUGAUAUUGGUUGGUUUGAGAAUGGUUAUGCUUAUGGUUAUGUCAAGUUCGCUGCAUUGAAAUUUGCCACUGAUAAUUUUGAAAUUGCCAAAUGGCUAUCAGGAAGUGCAUUGAAGCAAGUGGCAGUGUUUGGUUGUCCCUCCACCCACAAGAGUAUCGUCUUCCCUGCAAAAAGACUGCGAAAAUUCUUCGAGGUUCCAGAAAAUACAGUUUGCAGUAAAUGCACGCUGCGAGAAUCGUGCAAGUAUAUGAAUCAAACUGUGUGGAAAUGUCAUACCAAUAAAUUGGAUUUGAAGAUAGUUACGAAGGUUGUUAUUUCAUACGCUUUGCACUUGGUGCAUCCUCAGCUCGUAGUGUCCGACGAAGUGAACAAAUCAGUCAGUCAUUUGCUAAGCGAGUUUGUGAAACUAAGUAAAAUCACCUGAGAUUGCGUCUGGCUGGCGCAGAAUAACUUGCAAACCAUAUUUGGGGAUUGCUUUUCUUGCUGCACAAGCGUAAUUUUUCCGACGAUGCUCAACUUAAAAGAAUGUUCUGGAAGAUUUACCUUCUGGAAAUUCUGAUGUGAGUAGCAAUGUUUUCUUUAGAUGAAGGGCUGUAAGAAAUUGACUAAGAUCAUCUUUAUGGACUACAUGGUUUCUUCACAGGAUAUAGUUUUGAAGGAAAUGUUGGUGUAUCUCAUUGAAAAAGGAUUGAAGUACAAAUUACGAUCCUGGAAAAGGGAGCCAUCAACAGAACCAAUCAGCUGCAGUUUGAAGUAUAAAUUUGACAAACAAAAUCAUUAGUUGCCAUGUGAUGUUUUCAUAAUUCAAUUAUUGAUCUAACAGUCUAGAUGCCUGAAUUUGGGAUCCUUUGGUCUUGUUUUAUCUAUGUAAUAUUCUUUUUUUAUUUUUUGUCAUUUGGGGCGUGAUAGCAUCAACAGAAGAAAAAAAAUAUAGUUUUGUUUUUUUUCCUAACCGAGAGUACCUGAAAGCGGUAUGGAGCAUUCCACAAAUUGGUCUUUUAAGUGAUCUUAUGUAUAUACAUCACUCUUUAUACUUUAAAAA